AUGAUGAAGAUGUGCAAGAUCAAGAGCAGAUGGAGAGACCAGCGGCAGCAGCUCAGCACGGAGCACGGCUCGCCGCGCUUUCCACCCGCUGGGCUCCUGCGGCCCCGGGAGCGGCACGGAGGGAUGCAGGCAGCGUCGCGCCUCGCCGUCUCGUCAGCACCCACGCCGGGCCGGCCUCGCUGGAGGCAGCGUUCGCCUGAGCCCGCGGUGAGGCUCUGGCUUUGCCGUAAACUGUGCCGUGAUAACGCCCAGGAGGAAUCAGUGCAGUGUAAAUUACAGCGUUUGGAAUCGGGUCGGGAUGAAGUCGUACUGCCGGUGCACCCGGUGAGGCCAGACAGCUCAUGCAAGGGGCAGGGGAUUUUGACUCCCAAACCCCAGUUACGCGGGGCACUGGAGUUCUGCCUCCGCCACCAGACCGUUGUGGGUCACAGCAUUGUGUCCCUGCUGACGGCUGCCAGCGAGCACACCUUCUCCUUUGUGGUGUUCAAGCAUCCCGGCAAUCCUGGGAACACGCUGUACGGCUCCGUCUUCCUCACAGUGCCUGCCUUCACCCUCUUUCUGCUCGGCUGAAACGCGGUGAACGCCAGGACGUGGUGCCUGGGGACAGGCAGCUGCCCUCCGAAGACGCUGAGCUGCAGCCCCUGGGGAACCCGCUCCCACUGGUGCCUCGUGCCGCUGUCGGUGACAGCCAGGGCUUUGGUGGACCCAGCCUUCUCCUGGAUCACGGUAGCCCUGCUCAGAGCCAGCUUCUACGAGUGCACGGCCAGCGGGAGCAGCCUGAUAACGAACCGCGUGUGUAAAGGUAAAGGACGAGAGUGCCACAGGCUGCUGCUCAAAACACCCUGCGACGAGAAGUUAUGGGAGGAGAUGCCAGGCAAAUUCCUCAGCCUUCAGGCACAGUCCGAGGUAAAGCUGAUAGGACGGCUCCUGAUAGUCAGCAUCAUGACUGUGGCACUGAUUGUAACACGUGUCAUCCCCUGUCGCUCCCCGGUUAGCUAUCUUCAGCUCAAGUUCUGGAAAAUUUGCUCAAAAAAGGAACGGGAGCUCUUUGGGACCAAGGCUAAAGAGCAUGCAACCAGGCUGGCAGAAAUAAAUACAGAUUGCUUUUUUGAAGCCACUAACCCAGCACCAUUUCAGACUUCCAGCAAUGAAGACUGGCUGAAGAUUUCAUUCUUGUAGACCUUAAAUUCACAAGAGCAGUAUUACAGCAUGAUACACAAGUACAUUAACACAAACAGCGGCAACAGCAUCAAAUUCGGGGAAGGAGAUCAGAAACCCCCUGUUUUAGGAUUUGUGGAUGAAGAAAGCGCAAGCGAAUCAGGGUUUUAAUGAAACAAAUCCUUUGCAACCCUGGCAGUCUUUUAACCCUACUGAUAUAAGAAGAGUCUUAUUCUGUGCUCUUAUUGAAAUCUAUGCAAAUUGUAUGUAGAAGCUGAUAGUUGUAACCCUCAGCAGAUUUGUUUUUAAAAACACUUUAUUACUUUUGCUUAAGUACAUUUAAAUAAAUAGAUCUGUCAUGA